GCGAUACGUCGAGAACAACCAGUCCAAAAGCUGGCACUCGGGGCUCGGCCCGUUUCAAAAUGAGGAGAAUGAGGACAACCUUGAGAAGGAGGACCUGAAAUAUAAUAUCGGGUCUUCCCUGCAUCGCAGCUUUCUUCUUCCAACCGUGCAGUGUCCAUUACACUGUUCAACCCGAGCUUGAGUGAUUUGUUUACAUUGUCAAAGAUGAAGUUCACAGAGGGAAUGUGGCUCCUUAGGGAGGGCAUUCGCAUCGACUGGAUGAGCAAUGUUGAACGACUGCACAUCCAGGAUGAGACGGUGGAUCUCCUUCUGAACAAGUUCCAGAGACACCGUGGUGACACACUAAACUCGCCUACUGUUUCUGCGCGGGUUACGUCGCCCCUCGAGGGUAUCAUUGGAGUCAAACUUGUGCACUGGGGCGGCGGACUCGACAAGGGCCCGCAUUACAAGCUCAACACCUCUACGGGCCACACCAAGAUCAACCACCGGCGACCUCGAGCUCAACAUCAACACCGCCCCAACGAACUUGACUUCGUCUUUUCCAGCGCCGACAAGGGCAAAUUGACCGGCCACUCGUGGCGCUCGAUCGGCUACGUCGGCGACCAGACGACCGACAAGUCGCGCUGGGACGACGGCAUCUUCUUCGAGCGCCAGGGGUUCAUGCUCGCCGAGCUGGACCUCGGCGUGGGCGAGAAGCUGUACGGGCUCGGGGAGCGGUUCGGCCCCUUCGUCAAGAACGGGCAGCGCGUCGAUAUCUGGAACGAGGACGGCGGGACCUCGUCUGAGCUGGCGUACAAGAAUAUCCCCUUUUACAUCAGCUCGAAGGGGUACGGUGUGUUUGUGAACAACCCCGGCAAGGUCAGUCUGGAGCUGCAGUCCGAGCGCACCACGCGAGUCAAUAUCUCCAUUCCUGGCGAGGAGCUGGAGUAUUUUGUUGUGUACGGGAAGACGCCUAAGGAGAUCGUGGGCCGUUAUACGGCGCUGACGGGGCGGCCGAGCUUGGUCCCCUCGUGGAGUUAUAACCUCUGGCUUACCACCAGUUUCACGACCAACUACGACGAACAGACCGUCACCGGCUUCCUCGAUGGCUUCCGGGACCGCGAUAUCCCCCUCGGCGUGUUCCACUUUGACUGCUUCUGGAUGAAGUCCUACCAGUGGUGCGACUUCGAGUUCGAUUCCGAAAUGUUCCCCGACGCCGGGGGAUACCUGGCCCGACUCAAGGAGCGCGGGCUCCGCAUCAGCGCCUGGAUCAACCCGUACGUGGGCCAGGCGUCCCCGCUCUUCCAGGAGGGCAAGGAGAAGGGCUACUUCAUCAAGCGCACCGACGGCUCCGUCUGGCAAUGGGACCUCUGGCAGGCCGGCAUGGCCAUCGUCGACUUCACCAACCCAGCCGCCUGCGACUGGUUCGUCGCCCACCUCCGCCGCCUCAUGGACCUCGGCGUCGACUCGUUCAAAACCGACUUCGGCGAGCGCAUCCCCUACAAAAACAUCCAGUACCACGACGGCUCCGACCCAGCCCGCAUGCACAACUACUACACCCUCCUCUUCAACAAGCUCUCCCUCCGCGGCGGCCUCUCCCUCAUGCUCUCCGGGUAUAUCUUCUGGGCCUCGGACAUCGGCGGCUUCGAGGGAACCCCACCCCCAGCCCUUUACAAACGCUGGGUGCAGUUCGGGCUUCUAUCGUCCCACUCCCGCCUCCACGGGUCCUCCUCCUUCCGCGUCCCCUGGAUCUACGGCGAAGACGCCUGCGCCGUCCUCCGCGACUGCGUCAAACGCAAGAUCCUCCUCACCCCCUACCUCCUCCUCGAGGCGCUGCGCGGCCACCGCCAGGGCGUCCCCCUCAUGAGACCCAUGUUCCUCGAGUUCCCCGACGACCUCAACACCUACCCGCUCGACACGCAGUACAUGUUCGGCGGGAACCUGCUCGUCGCGCCUGUCUUCUCGGAGAACGGGUCCGUCACCUUCUAUGUGCCCCGGACGCCGGAGGACGGGUGCGGCAAGUGGCGCUCGUGGUUCGAUCAUGCCAAGACGUAUGAGGCUGGUCAGUGGUAUACCGAGACGCAUGACUUUGAUACCCUGCCUAUCCUUGUUCGGCCGGGCUCUGUCACUCCUGUCAAUCCCAAGUUGAAGGUCCCGGAGGGUGAUGCCCUGGACGGGCUGGAGUUGCUGGUUAACGGUACUUUGGUGGCGGAUGUGGAGGUUGAGGUGGUGGAUCCUAGUAAGGCGCACGAGACGCUCAAGAGUGUCCGCGUUUCGCCCAGCGGUGACGCUGUGACUGUUGACGAUGCGAAUGUUAAGGUGGUCUGCAUUCACAAAUAGUUUUAUCGUCGCUACUGAGUACUCUCGCAUAGAAACACAAUUCUCAGUCUCACAUACUAUUCCAUUUAAUCCAUGUGUGAUGCGAGAAGGUUUAAUGUAGUUGUUUGAAAUUAUCUCUAAAAAGAA